UGAUGUCCGUUUGCUCUUUUGUAGAACUGCAGCUGGCGUUCAUCACUUGGCACAGCACCAAGAACAACCUGCAGCACCGCACAGCGGAGAUGGGGGGCCAGCAGGUGAUUGCGCGGCGGGGGCAGCCCUUCACCAUCACCCUCCACUUCCAGGGCCGAGGCUACCUGCACGGAGACUCCCUGCACCUGAUUGCAGAAACAGGGCCUCAGCCAGACCAACAGGCGGGGACACAAUCCAUCUUCCCAGUGGGGCCAGGACAGCCGGACUCGAAGCGCACCUGGAGAGCCACUGCCAGCGCCGCCAGCGGGCCCCGAUCCACAGACGUCGUUGUCCGGCCUCCGGCCGGGGCCCCCAUUGGGCGUUACCAGCUGAAGAUCCGCAUCGACUCCGACUACACCUCCAAGUUCUACUACCUGGGGGACUUUAUCCUGCUAUUCAAUGCCUGGUGCCCAGAUGAUGACGUUUACCUGGAGAGCGAGCUGGAGAGGGAGGAGUACAUCCUGAAUGAGCAGGGCCUCAUCUACCAGGGAAACAAGGACUGGAUCCGCCCAGUUCCCUGGAACUUUGGGCAGUUUGAGGAGGGCAUGGUGGGCAUCUGCCUGAAGCUGUUGGACAGGAGCCUGCACUUCUUGCACGACCCGGGCAGGGAUUGCUCCUUGCGCAACAGCCCCGUCUAUGUCAGCCGGGUGCUGAGCGCCAUGAUCAACAGCAACGAUGACAAUGGGGUCCUCCUGGGCAACUGGAGCGAGGACUAUUCCGGGGGCGUCCGCCCCACCGAGUGGAGUGGCAGCAUCGCCAUCCUGACCCAGUGGGACCACAGCGGGGGCCGGCCAGUCAAGUUUGGGCAGUGCUGGGUCUUUGCUGCCGUGAUGUGCACAGUGCUGCGAUGCCUCGGGAUCCCUUCACGGGUGGUGACCAACUUCGACUCGGGGCACGAGAAGGACGGGAACCUGAUUAUCGAUGUCUUCUAUGACAAGGCCGGGCACCUCCUGCCCACAGAGAGCAAGGACAGCAUCUGGAACUUCCAUGUGUGGAAUGAGUGCUGGAUGGCACGGAGAGACCUUCCUCCAGGCUACCAUGGCUGGCAGGUCCUGGAUGCCACCCCCCAGGAGCGCAGCAAUGGGCUAUACUGCUGUGGGCCAGCCCCUGUCACAGCCAUCCGGGAGGGAGACCUGCACCUGCGCUUUGAUGCCCCCUUUGUAUUCUCCAUGGUGAAUGCUGACCGUGUGGCUUGGCUGCUGGACGGGGCAAGGAAGGAGAAGCUCCAGUGGGACACCAGGGCUGUUGGGAACAACAUCAGCACCAAAUGCGUUGGGAGCAAUGAGCGGGAAGACAUCACCAGUGCCUACAAAUACCCAGAAGGCUCCCCAGCAGAGCGCCGCGUGUUCCUGAAGGCCCUCGGCCAGAGGCAGCCGCUCAGCCCCCCAAUGCGAUACAGGUCAGGAGUCCUUCCGGUUGCGUUCUCUGCCUCUGUGGAGGACAGCACCCGGGAGCUGCCAACCAUGGCCCAAACCUCCCUGAAGCUCCAGCUGGUGGAGAGUCCUGAGGUGGGCCAGGACAUCCAGCUGGUGUUGGCAGCCUGCAACCUGGAGUUUGCCCACAAGGAGAUCAAGCUGAGCCUCAGCGCCCAGGCCGUGCUGCACGAUGGCCACCCACGGCCACCCUUCUGGCAGGAGACCCUGUACCUCUCCCUCUGCCCCAAGGAAGAGAAGGAGCUGCCCUGGAGGAUCUCCUACCAGCAGUACGGGCAGCAGCUGGGAGAGGAUAAGCAGCUUCGCGUCAUCGCGCUGGGCGAGGAGAACACCACCUGGCAGAAGACCCUGGCAGAGAAGACCAUCACCAUGGCCAGCCCCAGCCUGGACAUCCACGUGUUGGCCUCCGUGGUGGUGAACCAGCCCUUCCCGAUCCAGGUGGUGUUUGCCAACCCCCUUUCGGAGCCCGUGGGCAGCUGCAUCUUGACCAUGGAAGGCAGCGGGCUGGUGAAGGGCCAGCCCCAGAUACAGUUGGGCCCCCUGGGCCCCCGGAAGCAGACCAGCGUCCGGCUCCAGCUGACACCCUACAAGAGCGGCCCCCGGCAGCUGCACGUCACACUCAAGAGCAGCCAGUUCCCCCCAGUCAAGGGCCACAAGCAGCUGCAAGUGGCCCCCCGCUUGGGAUGGAGGUGUCGCAGGGACUGACUAAGCCGGGACCCCCGGCAGCGCCUCGAGGGCCACGACUGCUCAGACCCCCUCUGCCCCCUCCUAUAAAAGUCUGCAUUC